GACGGGUUUUAGACAGACUUUUGGCUGGAAUAUUUUUGUUGGACCUGACAACCUUGCUUCCAAGUGCGUUUCAAACACGUUUGCUCCAGAGCACGCCUGUACCCAGUCUGUACCCGUUCAUUUAUUAUAAACCUGCGGAAAGAGAGAAACGGGCAUCACUCAGCUCCACUUACAAACAGUCCUUUAAUAAAAAAAACAAAGAUUUAAAUGCGUUUAAUUUACAGGGGGAAAUGUAUAAGCCCCUCCUUAAGAGAACGGACACCCCGCCGCUCAGAAACAGGAACCGGUGGUGCUGCAUGUGUUCAGGCGGAGGCGGAAGAGUUUAAACAGCGGGGCUUUCAGACUCAGCGGAAUGACUUCACCUGUAGAUGCACAGGAAUGCUGCCCACGUGGCUCCUCUCAACUCUGGAAUUGAGAUUCCACUCUUGGGGUUGGGCACCUACAAACUACUGGGCCACGAUCUUCUAUACCAGUCUGUGAGUGCUGCCCUUGAUGCAGGGUACCGCACCUUCGACACAGCUGCUGUGUAUGGCAAUGAAGGUCAACUCGGGCAAGUCAUUAGGGAACUGUUGCCCAAGCAUGGGCUUUUACGCUCAGACGUGUUCCUGAUCAGCAAGCUUGGACCAGCGGACCAGGGUUCCAGGGCCAGGGAGGGCUGCUUGAAGAGUCUGGAACAGUUGGGUUGCGAAUACAUUGACCUGUACUUGGUGCACUGGCCUGGGACUGCAGGUUUAGAGCCAAGAGAUCCACUGAAUGCAGAGCAUCGGGCACAAAGUUGGAGUGUGCUGGAGGAAUUUUAUUCAAGUGGGCAGUUUAAGGCCAUAGGAGUCUCCAACUACACUGCAAAACACCUCAGGGAUCUGAUCAGAAGUUGCACUGUGCCUCCAGCAGUCCUGCAGAUGGAGUGUCAUCCUAGGCUCGUUCAAAGGGAAUUAAGGGAUGUGUGCAAAGAGGCAGGCAUUCACUUCCAGGCCUAUUCCUCUCUCGGAAAAGGUGCUCUCCUGAACGAGCCGGAAGUGAAGAAGGUUGCUGAGGUCUGUGGGCGGACACCGACCCAAGUUCUGCUCAGGUGGGCAGUUCAGCAAGGUAUCUCCAUCCUGCCACGCUCCUCACAGCCAGGAAGGGUACAGGAAAAUGCCAGAGUGUUUCAUUUUGAACUGAGCAAAAAAGAAAUGGACAAGUUGGAUUCCCUGAACACUGAAACACGGUUUUGCACAAGAGAUUCAGCAGAUAUUAUUUAGCUUGCAUAGCAGGUCUACUGUAUUACACUUUUUACAAUUUAAAAAUAAGAAGUUACUGCUAAUUAUAAAAAAGCAUUUAUGUUCUACCAAAACACAUUUCUUAUGGUUUUAAAGCUAUUUGGUUAAUAAAGUGAUUUUGAAGA